AUGGCUGAACACUUGAAAAAGCCCUUCAAAGACAGUCUGGAUGACAUAAAAGAACAAAUGAAAGAGAGAAGAAAUCAGAUAUUGGCAAAGUUGUGUAAAACUAGUGAGAUCUCCGCUGUAAAGUGCGAAAGUGCAACCGAUCACUCCACGCAAAUAAAGAGCAUCCAAGAAAACAACAAAGCUCUAGCUAAGGCUUUGCAAGAAGAAAAGCUCAAACUGAGGGAUGCCGAGGCUACCAUCCUUCAAUUAAGGAAAGAGUAUCACUAUCUGAAGAUUGAGAUGUUUAACUUACAAAGAAAUCUUAGGUUCAAGCAAGCACAAGGACCUCUUGAGAGUAAACUGUCAGCCUUGAAUGAGAUAAUUUCAGAAGUUUAUUGCAAGUUACUGGAGUCCGUUGAUCUCCUUGGCCCAGCAAAAAAUUUGUGUUCCAUAGGUGUGAAUCGGAGUGGGCUGUGUUCAAUUCUUGGAAAUAGUUCCAGUGUCAUAGGACAAACACAUUCAGUAGGACUUCUACAGUGUGCCAAUGGAGAUGAUCAAGUGCUUCCAAGGGGGAUGGAAGCUGAUAGUGAUAGAAUGGAAGCUGAUAGUGAGAGAAAUGAGCUGGCUCAUUGUCUGUCAGAGGUCUGUGAGGAAUCUGACAAUGCCAUUUCCUUAAUCAAAACAGUUCAAGACAAAGGACGAACAUCUAAUUUUCAUCUGGACAACACAAGGUCAGAGCUAGAAAAUGUUUCUUCAAGUGGAGAGGAUCGAUUUGGUAACGUGCUACCAAAAAGUGUGUCCACCAAGUGUCACUAUUCAGCGAUGAGAAAUCACGAUGGACUUUGCGCUGAGGUCUUGGAUGGUUCGGAAGCACUUAAUUCAACAAAAAAGCUUUCUGAACAGGAUGAAAUUAGACUUGAGGAAAGUCUAGAGAACCAUACUGUAGAAAACAUAAAUUCAGCUAUUUCUCAGUUGAAUAAAACCAAGAUAGGUUCAGAGCUGCUGUUGAGGCAGACAGAUUCUGAAACUGCACAGUUCAACUUAAACAAUAAUUCUGAUCUUAAACGACAUGAGUGUAAAAACAAAGAAGACUCUCAAAUAAGGAAAGAGAAGCAUCAGAAGGGAAAACUGGAAUGGCCUAAAAAUACUUCCAGACAAAGGCCGAAAAAAAUACAGGGUAAAGAGGCUUCCAAAGAAAAGCUGGAUUUCUUGGGUGGCUCCAGUGAUGCUUUUGACUUUCAUUUUGAAGAGUGUGUCCAUGUUACACCUUUUCGACAACGUAAGUUGAUUGACGGAGAUGCUGGUAUGGAUGGCAAAGAGGACUUAUCUGAAACUAGUACUGUCAAGUCAAGUGAUAUUGAAGACGAUUCAGAUGACAGUCUCUAUGAGCCUUACAAGAGUAAACCGAAAAAGAGGAGGAAUUCAGUAUGCAAGCAGGAUACUUUGCCAGUCCAGCCAAGGCCAAAGUCUAAAAGAUGUUUGGCACAGCGUGAGCAGAAACUCCAAAAUGAAAAACAGACUGAAAGCAAUAAAUCAAGUGACAAAUCCAUUAGUAAGCCUCCUGAGCCAUCUUGUGGUCAUCUGUGCGAUGUUACCAGCACCGCUUCAUCGCUCCCCGGCACCGGCAAUGCAGCUAUGGUCCCAGAAGGUGAAGGACCAAAAAGCAAGCGGAGCUGUACUGUUUCUGUGACCUACAAAGAACCAAGUAUUUCAAGGAAACUCAGGAGAGGAGAUCCCUUUACAGAUACAAAUUUUCUGAAUUCUCCACUUUUCAAGCAGAAAAAAAAUGGCAGAUGCUCUCUUAAGAAAAGAUCUCUGACAAAAUACAAUGAGAAAUUUGUUGGUUGUCGUUAA